CGUCGCGGGGCUGUCGCGCUGUCGCCGCGUCGGGCCCAACUCGCGAUCCCAACUUUGAUCCAUUGGAAACUUUUCAAUGCAAAUUUUCGCUGUGAUUCGUCGGCCGCGCUCGUAGCCCGCUCCCGUUGUCGAUUCGCGACGUGUUCCGGCGUCAGCGAGCGACGCUAUAUGCACCGUUGCGCGUGUCCAACGCACACUCGGUCUAUUUUUGAAUAUUCACUAAACGCUCCGACGCGAAGUUUUCGAAACGCAGUCGGCCGCCGGUGCCGGGUUAACGGCCCCAGUGUGCAACACGCUUGCACCGCAUCUCUUGUGUUUUUGUUGACGGAUAACAUUUGUGUUGUUAACCUCUUCGGUCGAAACGGUGGAACGUUAUCUUUACGUUUGUGCGGGGCCACGCCCGUGUAAUCUUUGGCUGGGAAUCCGAUGGCUACGGAUGAUGUCGGUUUAGUGGUUACUCGGUGAUCGGUGAUCGGUGAUAGUGAGUCGUUGGCAGUGAGAUUAGCGCCGCACCGCGCAGUGCGCCAGUGUGUAGUUACCAUUAAGUGGUUCAGUGAUGUGACAUUCUAUGGAAGUAUCGGGGCGUACUCGGAAUGUUCACCAAGCACGGCAAGGCCCCUGAGAGGUGCCAUCAUCUCCACUCGCAUAGGAGCUGUAAGAAGAAAAAGCCACCUCCACACACGCCGUGGAAGUACUUGAUGAAUUGCCCACUCGUUAGAAAAUGUUUUGGUCUUCAGCUGCGGAGCAUCGAAGAGCCGGCGGGUGCGGGAAGCGCGGGCGGGGCGGGCGCGGGAAGUGGCGUGCCCGUGUCGGCCUGCUACGACGCCGAGUGCGCCCGCACCGAAGCCUGGCUCGAUGAGAAUCAAGAUUUCGUGCAUGACUACUUUUUAAGGAAAGCGACGCGGCAGGUGGUUGAUGCUUGGCUGGUGUGCCACGCAACGCCGCCCAGCGCUGAGCUUGCGUCGCCAUCGCGCGCCGGCUCCGGUUCGGGAGCGACCACACCUGUCAGGAAGAUCUCUGCGCACGAGUUCGAGCGCGGCGGUCUGCUGAAGCCGCUGGUGACGACGGUGGACGGAACGCCCACAUUCCUGGGCGACACGCCGCACGCCGCACCCGCCCGUCCGCAACGCCGUUCGCGACAUGAGCUGAGACAGCUGGACGAGAAGGAACUCAUAUUUGAACUAGUAAAAGACAUCUGCAAUGAGCUGGAGGUGCGCGUUCUAUGCCACAAGAUUUUGCAGAAUGUGUCCAUUCUGCUGGACGCGGACCGCGGCUCGUUGUUCCUCGUGCAGGGCGAGAAAGUCGCGUCGCCUCACCCACAAAACGGAAGGUGUCUCGUGUCAAAACUGUUCGACGUGUGCUCGAAGUCGACACCGGAGCAGAUGGAACAGUUGGAAGAGAUCCGUAUCCCGUGGGGCAGCGGCAUCGUCGGCUACGUCGCUGAGAGCGGGGAGCCCGUCAACAUACCUGACGCAUAUAAGGACGAAAGGUUUAACCACGACAUUGAUCAGCAAACUGGUUACAAAACAAGAUCGCUACUCUGUAUGCCAAUUAAGGAUAUCAACGGAGAAGUGAUCGGCGUUGCUCAGGUUAUAAAUAAACAGAGCGACGGUCCCUUCACGGCGAAUGAUGAAAAAGUCUUCGCUUCCUACCUUCAGUUCUGUGGCAUUGGGCUUCGGAACGCGCAGCUUUACGAGAGGUCACAGCUGGAAGUCAAACGGAAUCAAGUGUUGCUGGACCUGGCGAGGAUGGUGUUUGAGGAGCAAAGUACGAUCGAACACAUGGUGUUGAGGAUACUUACUCACACACAGAGUCUGAUCAGAUGUCAGCGGGUUCAGGUGCUUCUAGUCCACGAGGCGUCUAAAGGCAGCUUCUCUCGUGUGUUUGACCUGGAGGCUGGAGACGAGACGGAGCCGAGGACGUCGCCCUACGAGAGCAGGUUCCCCAUUAACAUCGGCAUCACGGGCUAUGUCGCUACCACUGGAGAAACAGUCAACAUCGCGGACGCAUACCUGGACCCAAGGUUCGACCCCUCCGUAGAUGAAGACGCUGGCUUCAAACAUAACACCAUUCUAUGUAUGGCUAUCAAGAAUUCAGAAGGAAGAAUUAUCGGUGUUAUACAGCUUGUAAACAAAUUCGACGGUCUCCUGUUCACGAAGAACGAUGAGAACUUUGUGGAGGCGUUCGCGAUAUUCUGCGGCAUGGGUAUUCACAACACGCACAUGUACGAGAAGGCCAUCACAGCCAUGGCCAAGCAGAGCGUCACACUCGAUGUUUUAAGUUAUCACGCAUCCGCCUCUAUAGAUGAUGCUCAAAGGUUACGGACGUUACGGAUACCAUCAUCAGUGCACUUUAAGCUACACGAACUGGAAUUCGAUGACAUCGACCUAUCGGAUGAGGACACAUUACUCGCGUGUCUGCGCAUGUUCCUAGAUUUGGACUUCGUGGAACGAUUUCAUAUCGAGUACGGCGUGCUGUGCCGCUGGCUGCUCAGCGUCAAGAAGAACUACCGCAAUGUGACCUACCACAACUGGCGGCACGCCUUCAAUGUCGCUCAGAUGAUGUUCGCUAUAUUGACUGAGACGCAGUGGUGGAAGAUCUUUGGUGAGCUGGAGUGCCUCGCGCUGAUUAUCGGCUGCUUGUGUCACGACCUCGACCAUCGGGGGACCAAUAAUUCCUUUCAAAUUAAGGCAUCAUCACCUCUCGCACAGCUGUACUCUACAUCAACAAUGGAGCACCAUCACUUCGAUCAGUGCCUCAUGAUCCUCAAUUCUCCCGGCAACCAGAUCCUCGCAAACCUCUCCUCCGACGACUACGAGCGCGUUGUUAAAGUUCUAGAAGAUGCUAUACUCUCCACAGAUUUGGCUGUUUAUUUCAGCAAGCGCACAGCAUUCAUCGAGUGUGUGCGGAGUGUGGGGAGUGUGGGGAGUGUGGGGAGCGCGUGGGGUGAGUGCGGGGAGCGGCGCGGGUUGCUGCGCGCCAUGCUCAUGACCGCGUGCGACCUCGCCGCCAUCACCAAACCCUGGCCCGUGGAGCGCCGCGUUGCAGCACUAGUCGCCGGGGAGUUCUUCAGACAGGGAGACCUCGAGCGACACAACCUCAACCUCACACCCAUCGACAUAAUGAACAGAGAUAAAGAGGACGAGCUGCCCGCCAUGCAAGUAAAAUUCAUCGAUACCAUCUGUCUACCUAUAUAUGAGGCGUUCGCAGUACUAUCUCCAGCGCUACAGCCGCUGCUGGACAGAGUUAAGAGCAAUCGAGCUCACUGGAUCGAUCUAGCAAACAACGAUAAAUCUUGCAAAUUCGACUACGGCAUGGAGAAGGAGAAAGAGGAAAGAAACGACAAAUCCAGCGCCAGCUCGCACGAGGACGAACACGAAGACAGCAGCGGUGCGGGAAGUUUAUCAUCAGAUACCAACUCUAAGUAUGAACAACUCGAGAAUCCAGUAGUCGGUCUUGUCUCUAACAACGCGCUAAUGCCGCGAGAACCCAAGUUCUGUCAUCUCAAUGAACUGAAUUGAACUCUGGCAUUAAAAACUGAGUUGAAUGCGAUGUCUCAAAGAAUUGAGUUUUAUAUUCUGGCAUCAUAAUGUAUAGAAAUAAUAUUUCGUCAUCUCAAAUAGUUGAAAUUAUCGCGCUUAUUCCGCAACGAUUUGAAUAAAUGGCAACUCACUGAGUUGAUAGCACCUCAGAGAUGAAGUAAUCUCGAUAGUUGGUUCUAAUUUAACGAAUAUAACCAAACUGAGGGUAGUUUAAAAAAAUUUAUAAACAGCAUAUAAUUCGAUAAUUUAUAACCAAAUGUAUCGUUUCGGUGAUUACGUAAAAUAGAGAUGUCAAAUCGUCCAUAGAAAAUUUUUGUAGUCGUAAGUUAUUACGAUUUACUAAUCUACGUAUGAUUCCUAUCAUUUUUAACUAUAGUGUGAAGGGACGUCGUAACACACUUAGUGUGUAAAUCGACUUAAAAGGAAUUGAUUCUUCUAGAAAUUAGACAAUUAAUAAAUAUAAUAGAUGAUAAGGGCCAUUAUUACUAAAAUAAACCGGCCUAAAAACAUUGAAAGCUCAUAUCCAAGUUUUCAUCCAUCUUCCAUCUUAAUCGAAGGAAUAGCAAUGCAUUUUUUUGUA